UCAUUCAGUUAUACAUAAGCGUUGAAUUGCUCGGACGUUUAUCGCAAACUAUCGGAAUCACUCAAAAGGAAGACAAAUUAUUUCUAAUUGUAUCCAACUAGAAAUAUUGAGUAAUUACGUGUAACAUAAUUUUACAAGAUUCUUAAGUAAAUUUUAACAAAAUUUUCUAUUUGAAGAUUGUAAAAUAAACAGGUAAAAUGGCAACCGUAGACCAGUUAUUCCAGCCAAUCCAGGGGAGGACUGACGACACGGGCAGCAAGGUGACGGUGGUGGGCGUAGGCCAAGUUGGCAUGGCCGCUGUCUUCUCUAUGCUUACUCAGGGUGUUACCAACAAUAUCGCUUUGGUUGAUGUGAUGGCAGACAAACUGAAAGGUGAAAUGAUGGACUUACAGCACGGCUCUGCCUUUAUGAGGAAUGCCAAGAUUCAAGCAAGCACAGAUUAUUCAAUUACAACGGGAUCGAAAAUUUGCGUAGUGACGGCUGGUGUCCGUCAGAGAGAAGGAGAGUCGAGACUUAACUUGGUUCAACGGAACACAGAUGUACUCAAAAUUAUUAUACCACAGUUGGUAAAGUACAGUCCGGACGCGAUUUUCAUAAUCGCCAGCAACCCGGUCGACAUCCUCACGUAUGUGACGUGGAAGAUCAGCGGUCUACCAAAACACCGCGUCAUCGGCUCCGGGACCAAUCUGGACUCGGCGAGGUUCAGAUACCUACUGUCCGAGAAGCUAGGUGUAGCCACCACAUCCUGCCAUGGGUACAUCAUUGGAGAACACGGUGAUAGUAGCGUGCCCGUCUGGUCUGGCGUCAAUAUUGCGGGCGUACGUCUCAGCGACCUGAACCCAAAGAUUGGCACGGAAUCCGAUACUGAGAAUUGGAAAGAGACCCACGACAUGGUGGUGAAGAGCGCUUAUGAAGUCAUCAAAUUGAAAGGCUACACUUCCUGGGCUAUUGGUCUCUCGUUAGCACAAUUAGCUCGCGCUGUGCUUUCUAAUGCAAACAGCGUUCAUGCAGUAUCUACUUAUAUCAAGGGAGAACAUGGCAUUGAACAGGAGGUAUUCCUGUCCCUCCCGUGCGUAUUAGGCCAAAACGGGGUCUAUGACGUCAUCCGGCAGCCUCUCACAGAAACAGAGUCCGCGCAGCUCCGUAAAUCCGCUGAACUCAUGGACAAAGUGCAGGAAGGUAUCCAGUUUUAAAUUAGGCAAUUUAUAGAUUGUAAAAUAUAAAUUAUAAAAAAAAGUUAACGCCCAGAUAAUUCCGGGUAGUUUCAGCAGUAAUGCUGAAAGAAAGCGAAGCGAAAUAUAAUAUUAGUAUGCCAGAUAAAUAUAUAGGAAUAUAAGAUUAUAUUUAUAUACAACAUAUAUAUAUAUAUAUAUAUAUAUAUAUAUAUAUAUAUAUAUAUAUAUAUAUAUAUAUAUAUAUAUAUAUAUAUAUAUAUAUAUAUAUAUAUAUAUAUAUAUAUAUAUAUAUAUAUAUAUACAACGAAAAUUAACUAAUCGUACUUAUAUAUAUAUAUAUUUAAAUUAAUUAAUUUGUAAACCUAUUUUUAUCUUUACCUAUUAUUUUCAUAAGAAUAAAAUGUUUGUUUACAAAUUGUGUCAAAUAUAGAAAAACAGAAUAAAAGAACGGUUUAAUAAUAUUAAAAGUAGAUCAAGUGCAUGGAACUAUCAUAAAUUUAUUUAGAUGCAAAUAUGCAAUGAAUAUUAUGCCUAGUAACGCAAUUUUGCAAGAUUGCAAACACUGCCAUUUUAAAAAGGCAGUAACUUAAAACAGUUUAUAUUAUUUUUAUGAUUCAAACAUCUUACACAGUUAUGUAUACUACUUAUAUUUUAGUAUAUUAAUUAAAACUAUUAUAUAAAUUUUAAAUGGAUGAUAAUGGAGUUGUAACCCCGCUUUCGCUAACGGUAUACGCUGGCGGGGCACCAGUGAGGGAUGAUAGGUUAAAAAUGAAAAAGCAGGUCAAUUAACCCAUCGUGAUGAAUACACCUGGAAUUUAGCACGAUAAUUUCCAGGGGGAAUCGCGUGGAGGUCGACCUGACAGGGUAUAUUGUUAGCAAUAGGACUGGUAAUCCGCAUUUCUAACAAUCCCCUCCCCCCCAAUAUUAUGUUUGAUCUCGCCCAUUUUAAUAAUACCCUUUAUUGGUAUUUAAUAGUGAUGUACCGGAUCCUCAAAAUUAUAUAUCCAUAGAAAGGUACGGAUACAUAUGCGGAUCUCUGCUCAGUUGGAUGACAAUUAAAUAGUAAUCCCCUUUACCCUAUCGGUGUACACUAGCAAGGCGCUAAUGAGGGAUGGUAAGCGAGAAUGAAAGCAAGUCUGGCCCGCUGUGAUGAGUUCAUAAAGAAUUAGCCAUGAUAGUUUUAAAGAGGAACAGCGUGAAGAUUAACCUAUUGCUAGCAAUAGGCCAGAUAGCUCCUAUUACUACAUGUUACGUUUAUUUAUAAUAUAGGAUAAUACGGAACAGCAUGGGUUUUUUAUGGGUGAAAAUGGUAUGGUAGCCCCGCCUGCGCUAACGGGAUACGCUGGCGGAGCACCAGUGAAGGGUGAUUAAUGAGAAUGAAAACAGGCCAAUUAGCCCAUCAUAAAGAAUUCAUCAGGAAUUAAUUAUGAUAGUUUCCGGGGGGAACCGCGAGGAGGUCGACCUGGUUAUAUUGCUAGCAAUGGGAUUUUCAGUCUCCAUUACUAACAAUCCUUUUCCCCCCGAACAGCAUGGGUUAGGUUUGUAUGUUUCGAGUACCUAGUAUUACAUUAAAUAAUAAAACAAUAACUUUUAAUUCGUUCGAGAUCCACCAAAAUAUAACGGAUAAUGAUGUUUAAUUUUUCUUGGUUAUCUGUAAAAUUGGGGACGGAUAUUCAGUACAUCACUAGUAUUAAAUUUAAUUUUUUUUUUCUUAUCCAGCUGUAACUUUAUGUAUUUGUAUAUGUAUUUACAUUGUUUUAUUAAUCAAUGUGUAUUAAUCAUGUCAGUCAAGCUACUUAAUGGAAUAACAAUUCUAUUUCGGUCUGUAACAAUUGUAUGUACGCCUUUAAAUGAGUUGUUAUUAUAUGUACUAUUGUUUAAAUAUUUGAAUUACAAUUAAAUAAUCUUUAUUUUGUAUGUAUGUGCAUGCAUUAAAAAUUCUUUUAGCGUAUAAGGCAACCUUAUAAAGGUGAAUAAAAUAUAGUCAAACGUGUUUUAAACCUAUUCUAGCUUUCUAUUCUCUCGAUUAUCCGUGGAAUUGAAAACGGAUAUACAGUACAUCAUUAGUAUUAUAUAUAUUCUCAAGAGAUACAUCUUAUCUAGCUGCAUUUUUAAUUAGUAUUGAAAGACGGGCAUUUUUCAGACAGAAAAGCCUGUAAUGCCGCGGCCUUUCCAUGAUCUUUUGUAUCUAGCUGUAACUUCAGGCAUUUGUAUUUGUGUUUACAUUGUUUUAUUAAUCAAUAUGUAUUAAUUAUGUCAGAUAAGCUACUUAAUAGAAUAACAUUCUAUUAAAUAGCUUUUCGGUCCAUAAUAAUUGUAUGUACGCCUUGAAAUGAUUUGUCUUUAUAUGUACUGCUCUUAAAAUAUUUUAAAUAUAAUCAAAUAACCUUCAUUUUGCAUACAUAUGCACUUAAAGCUCCUUUAGUAUAUAAGGUAAACUUAUUAAGGUAAAUAAAAUAUAAUGUUUCAUUUCUUUCAGAGACGAAUAUCCGUCUCCGAUUUCGCGAAUUAAAUAUAUUCGGAACAUCACUCGUAUUAAAUAUAUUCUUAAGAGAUACAUCUUAUCUAGUUGUAACCGUGGAUAUUUGUAGAUGUAUUUACAUUGUUUUAUUAAUCAAUGUGUAUUAAUCAUGUCGGUCAAACUACUUAAUGGAAUAACAAUUCUAUUUCGGUCUGUAACAAUUGUAUGUACGCCUUUAAAUGAGUUGUUAUUAUAGACACUAUUGUUUAAAUAUUUUAAUUAUAAUUAAAUUACAUUCAUUUUGGAAAUAUAUCGAUUUAAAACUUUUUUAGUAUAUAAGGUAAAUUAUAAAGGUAAAUAAAAUAUAAUCGAAUUUAUAUUAAACCUCUAAAAAACAACGUAUACAAAUAAUAAUUUUUUUUCGGAGACGAAUAUUUCACGCAUAUUAUAUUCGGCAGAUCACUAAUAUUAAAUGUAUUCUCAAGAGGAUACAUCUUAUUUAGAAGUAACUUUAUGUAUUUGUAUAUGUAUUUACAUUGUUUUAUUAAUCAAUGUAAUUAAUCAUGUCAGUCAAGCUACUUAAUGGAAUAACAAUUCUAUUCCGGUCUGUAACAAUUUUUUGUACGCCUUUAAUUGAGUUGUUAUUAUAGAUACUUUCUUUAAAUAUUUUUUAGAUAUAAUUAUUAUUAUGAUAAUAAUUUUGCAAAUAUAUGCAUUUAAAACUCCUUUAGUAUAUAAGGUACCUAAACUAAUAAAAUUAAAUAAAAUAUAGUCGAAUUUGUGUUAAACCUCCAAAAAAUAACGAAUGCUGAUGUUUCUUUUCUCUCGGAGACGGAUAUACAUCUCUGAUUCUGCGAAUUAAAUAUAUUCAGACUAGUAUUCAAUAUAUUCCCAGGAAAUACUAAAUAUCUACCUAUAACUUUAUGUAUUUGUAUAUGUAUUUACAAUGUUAUAUUAAUCAAUGUGUAUUAUUCAUGUCAGUCAAACUACUCAAUGGAAUAACAAUUAUUUUUCGGUCUGUAACAAUUGUAUGUACGCCUUUAAUGGAGUUGUUAUUAUAGAUACUAUUACAUUAAUACAAGCAGGGUACAUGUAUUUACUGUUCAUAAUAAGUAAUACUUUUUUAUAUAUUACAACUGUACCUAAAAUUUACCAAAAGAUUGGUAAUAUCAAAAUUUUGUGAGGACAAAAAAUCUUUAUUACUAUGUCCAAUGUAUAUUUAAGCCUAAUUUAGAGAUAUGUGUCAAGAAAUAUGUAGUUUAAUGUUUAUAUUUUUUCAAUAAAUUAUCAUUAUGUCAAAGGGC